AUGGGAAAGUUAAAGUCGCUGGGUUCCUUUCUUACUAGUUGGAGCAAAAGGAAAAUAGGUUGUAUCAAGAACAAGAUUGGGAAAUUAAAAAAGAAAUUGCUUCAUCUACAAGGUCUUAAUCCUUCUGUGGAUACUCUUCAACAAGAAAAAGUAACUUCAGAUCAGUUGAACGAGUAUAUCAUUAUGGAAGCGACUUAUUGGGAGCAAAGGAUGAAACAAAUAUGGUUGAAAACGGGUGAUCGAAACUCUAAACGAUUUCAUCUGUCUGUUCAACAACGAAGACAAAAAAAUAAUAACUCAAGUCUUCAAGCAAGUAAUGGACAAUGGAUCACUAAUCCUGGGGCAAUAGCGGAUGAAUUAAUAUCAUUCUUCAAAAAUCUAUUUCAAGAAGAUUUUAACGUCCGGCAUCCUUCUGACCUACAACAAUCUGCAUUCUCAAUGGACGAUGCUGCCAACUUAUCAAUUGCUGCAACUCCUACUUCAGAUACUGUUUGGAAGGUGGUAAAAGCAAUGAAUCCUUUUGGAUCUCCGGGACCAGAUGGAUUUCCUGUUAUCUUGUAUAAGAAAUGUUGGUCCAUAGUAGGGGAAGAAACAGUUAAAGUUCAUCCAAGAUAUCUUCAACAUUGCUGA